CUUCUACUUGAAAAUCAUUCUUAUAUAUUGAUAAAUAUGUCAUCUCUUGGAUGGUGUACGUCUGAAAUGCAUUCAGCUUGCCGUAGAAAGCAAAGCUGCGCUCUGAACUACAAUACCCAGAGUUCCUUUCGCGCGUCAACAGCAACAGCUAGGAUGUUGCGAUAUCGCUGGCAGCCAAAGAUUGCUGUGGUUGCAGAGAUUACACCGCUGGGUUGAAACCUCAGUGGAACGUAAUUGUGGAUGUUCUUAUUCCGUGGGAGUCAUAUUUGCCGCUAUAGUCGCGGCAGGCGUAACUGUAGGCGCGUGUCAGGGCUGCGUCGCGUAGAGCGGAGAAAGCUAACUAAAAAUCACAGUUUUUAUCCUUUAAAAAAAUGGAAGCAACUAAAAUAGCCGCACGGGUGGUUUAGCUACGAGGCGUCAAAGCGACAGCGGCUACAAUACAGCUUACUGAAGAUGGAAACAGAUUUUCGGCUGACAAAUACUGAAGACAUCAUGUUCAGAGGAUAACCUGGAUAACCUUACACGAAAUGUCAUAAAGCGUAAGUAGCUAGCACUUAGCUAGCUUAAUGGCUGGUCGAGAUGGAGACGAUGGACCUAUUUUUUUUUUCCUUCCUCAGCAGCCGAGCACGAACAGCUGGAUGGCUUGUGAAAGAAACACUUUCUCCGGAGAUGCUUUAACCUCCUGGAUGGUGUAAUUCACUUGCAUAACUCUGCUAGUCGCAACCGCUCUGCUAGCGAAUGGGAAAAAAAAUCCCACCCCAAAAAAUAAUCAUAGAUUCUAUCAACAUCACGAUGAAGACCGACAAAUGCUUCAUAUUAUAAAACAGACUUGAAAGCGUUAUAUUUAUACCCGUGCAAUAAUAAGUCUUGAAACAGGAAACGGCUCCUUUGUUGUGGCUGUGUGAAAGUGAAGCCAAAAAUACUCGUCGCUCCUGUCAUUUUGACAACAUGAGGAAGUUCUUUGAUUCUCGUCGGGAGUUGGUCAGCUCCGGGCCUGGUUCUGGAGGAGGAGGAGGAGGAGGAGGCAGCUCCGGGUCCAGUCAUGCAGGCGGAAAUUUCAUCGGGAGAGCCUUCACUGUCGGGCGGCACCAAGUCACUGUUGAGGAGAUCAUUGCUGAAGGUGGUUUUGCAAUCGUGUUCCUCGUGAAAACAAACCAGGGGGUGCGUUGUGCACUGAAGAGGAUGUAUGUCAACAAUGAGCACGAUCUGCAGGUGUGCAAGCAGGAGAUUCAGAUUAUGAAAGAUCUCGUGGGUCACAAGAAUAUUGUUGGAUAUCUGGACUCCAGCAUCACAGCGAUGGGAUCCAGGGACGUAUGGGAGGUUCUCAUACUGAUGGACUACUGCAAGGGAGGGCAGGUGGUCAAUCUGAUGAAUCAGAGACUUCAAACUGGAUUCACAGAGUCUGAGGUGCUUCAGAUCUUCUGUGACACCUGUGACGCCGUCUCCCGCCUGCACCAGCGGAAGACGCCAAUCGUCCACAGAGAUCUAAAGGUGGAGAACAUCCUUUUGCACGACAAAGGUCAUUAUGUGCUGUGUGACUUCGGCAGCGCCACAAACAAAUUUCAGAACCCGCAGACUGAAGGAGUGACCGUGGUGGAGGAGGAGAUCAAGAAAUACACAACUUUAUCAUAUCGUGCUCCAGAAAUGGUAAACCUUUACAAUAACAAGAUUAUCACAACAAAGGCUGAUGUCUGGGCGCUGGGCUGUUUGCUGUACAAGUUGUGCUUCUUCACUCUCCCCUUUGGUGAAAGCCAGGUGGCCAUCUGUGAUGGCAGUUUCACCAUUCCAGAUAAUUCCCGCUACUCUUACGACCUUCACUGCCUCAUUCGGUACAUGCUGGAGCCAAACCCAGACAACAGACCUGACAUCUAUCAAGCGUCCUACUUUGCUUUUAAACUAGCUCAGCGGACCUGUCCUGUUCAGAAUGUGAAGAAUUCUCCAAUUCCUUCCAAACUCCCUGAGCCAAUCACAGCAAGUGAGGCUGCAGCAGCAAAGAAGAGCCAAACUAAACCCAGACUGACAGACCCUAUUCCCACCACCGAAACCUCCAUCACCCCUCGUCAGAGACCCAAAGCGGUGCACACUCAGCCUGCUGCUGGCAUCCUCCCCAUCCAGCCUGCUGCUCUCACCCCUCGCAAGCGGGCUAAUCUCCCCGGUGGUGCAGCUCAGCCUGUGGGAGUCAGCUUAGACCUCUCCCAACCAGCUGCAGCUCUCCAGUCACAGAAGGCACAGACGUCAGCGCAGCCCCUCCUCCAGACACAGAAUAAUACGAGUCAGGCUGCAGCUUCACACAAGCAGCCAGCUGCAGCUGCGGGAGGAGAGACGGCAGAAUCACAAGUGGGUAAAGCUGAUGCCGUACCGCAAGCACCGCCAGCAUCCCAGCAACAGACCACACCUCCCUCUGUGGUCAGCUCCGCUCCCCAGCAGGCCGCACAGACUCCGUCCAGCCCCGCCCCGCCUCAGCGCCCCGCGCGCCGCAAGCAGACGAGCCAGGCUCAGCAGCCAGACGCUCAGCCUUCUCCCAGCAAACCGGCGUCCGCUCUGCUGCAGGAGAUAACUCCGCCGCCAGCUGCCCAAACGCAGCCCGCUUCCUCUGAGAUCAGCCAAAAAUCAGCUCAGACAACUCCACCUGAGACUCCAAAGACGACUGAAGAGCGAGGCCACCAAGGUGAACCGGGUGAAACUGCAGUUCCAGCCAGCGACUCCUCACAGCCGCUGCAAGCAGAUGAUGGAAGUGCUGCUCUCAGUCAAUCACUUACAUCUCCACAAAGCCAGUCAGCUCAGCUUAAUCUCUGCGAUGCAGCACAAGACCAAAGCACAGCUGCAUCCACUGGUCCUGCCGCCGCCGCCGCCACCAACACCGUGACUCAGCCAGCGUGGAACCCGUUCGACGACAAUGACUUCUCCAACCUCACUGCUGAGGAGUUCAAAACUGAUGACAAAAAGACUACUGACUUACUGUCAGAUUCUGAGGCAGCAUCACCUGAAGAGCUGAUACCAGGUCUGCAGGCCUCAUCUGUGGAAAACACUCUUCAAGAAACAGCUGAAAGACCGUCUGCUCUCCUGGACUCAGGAGCCUCACUGCUGGUUGUCCCAGAUCCUUUCCAUACCCUAGAACUGUCAGAUGCUCCAGAGAAACUGAUCGAAGGACUCAAAUCUCCUGACACGUCUUCACUCCUGCUUCCAGACCUGCUGUCGUUGUCUGAUCCUUUUGGUGGAUCUGUGGAGUCUGUGAAAGACCCCCUUACUGCAGACGACUCUCUCCUGAGCUGCUCUCUGAUCUCCAGUCCACCUCCUCCUGCGUCGGCGGGCAGCGCCACCUCCUCCAUCUCGUCUGCGCCCACCUCCGCCACCUCUGCUCUGGAUGAGUUUAGCUUGUUGUCUGGAGACUUGGUGCAGCCUAAAGGGGACUCGUCUCUCCUGAUCUCAGACUUUGAGGUCCAACAGACGAGCGCUGAAGCAGCUACAGAGGACGAGUUUGAUCCUAUUCCUGUCACCGGGCGCAAAAAUUCCCAAGCCCUGCAGAGGGAGCUCAACAAUAACAAACUCCAAGCCGCUCAGACUGCAGCUCUGGAGCUUUUCAGCGAGGAGAAAGAAAAGCAGCGGCUCCAGCCGAGCGUCGCCGCAUGUGUUGUUAAUAAUAAACACGUGUUGCUGUCCGGUGAAUGGGCCACUCAGCACCACCCUUCCCAAACUCCCUGCUCCGCUCGUCAUUUCAUCCCCGCUAACUACAAUUCCCAGUUCCUGCCUCCACAUAGUUCAGUCCCAUGUGAUGUUUUCCAGCUGGCUCCUUUCAAACCCCCAGGAAACGACAGCAGAGUGGCACUCAGCAGCUGCUCCAGUGCUGCGUCUCACAAACCUGCUGAGACGGCUGAUGUUUUCCUCCAGGCGCCGUUCGGAAGAAGGCAGGAAACCAACCAAGCUGCCCCCUCUAACGCUCACAUAUUCAGGCCUGCUGUCCGGGCCGCUCCUCUGCACCCAGAGACCCCUCUGCUCCAGCAGCCCAUGAUGGCGGUGCACCGGGUCGUCUCCAGGGUCGGUCAGCAGGCGGCUGUAGGCUCGGUGGCGGUGGGGCCUCUGCGUUCUUGGACCGUAGUGGGAAAAACUCUGAAUGACCCGAUCUACGCUGCGCCUUUUCAUCCAAGGUGCUCACAAGGGAAACCAAACUAAUCUGAUGUUAUCUUUACAAAACGCCAAAUCUGAACUUUUCACACAAAGAAGAAGCCAAAGUUCAGUUGCAGUAUUACUUAAAUCCCAAAUGUAGUUUCAUUUUUAUUAUAAUUACUGAAGUAUUACUACCUCAGUCAGGUCAUGUUUUCAGUCUCUGCUCAAAAGGUUCACAAAUCAGAAUUUCACGAGGAAAUGCAGAAAUUUUAGAAGCUCCUUAAAAAUACUUUUUUUUUUCUUAAAAACACAAUCUGUCAUGCUUUUAUUAUUGAUGUUUCAUUAUGAUUAAAAAAAUCAUCAACUUUUUUGUGUUUUAUACCUUCAAAUAUUAGCUUUGGUUUAAAGUUGCUGCUUUUUAAUUCAUGCCCUUUUACAUCUCUUGUUUACAUUUAGUUACAGAUUGUGCGUUCAUUCUCAGCAGCGUCUUAAUGUUUAUUAUCUAUGUGAGUUAGCGUUUUACCCCGAGCCAAAAAAAUCAGUGUUGAAAGAUUUUUGCACAGUUGAAAGUUGAAAAAAGACUCCAGUUGUAUCUAAACGCACUUUUCAUUAGAAUAUGCUCCUAAAAUCCACAAUGGCUGGUCACUAGAGGUGCUGUAUGUAAUCAUGAUCUUUGAUUUUAAUUGUUUGUUUUUCUUUAGAGAAAUUAACAGUUUUAUGCAUCACUGUAUGUCAGAACUUUUUCAUCAUUUCAUCACUCUGUUAUGUUGCUUUUGUCAUAUUAGGGUUUUAAAUUAUGCAUCCGAUUAGUUUGUCUUUGUAUUUUGUUACAUUUUGUUAACUGUGCUGCCUUUUCCAGGUCAUAUUCUGUCAGGUGCAAUUCUGGAUCUGUACACUGUAUUAUCUGCUUAUUAUUACUGGAUAUAAAGAGAAAUCACCAAUAAAAACUUAAAUGUUUACUCA